GCACACUCUUCCCCCGCGUGCUUUGAUCCUUUCCCUGACGGUCUCGCGGGACCCGGAACCUGCGGCUGAGCUCGUCACAGUCACAGUGCCAGUGGACAUGGACCGAGAGGACGGAGCAGAAGAGACACCGCGUCACGCAGAUAUGAAACGUCCCAAGAGCCCCGACAGUCUGGACAGCAGCCCCCCUCUCAAGAGUCAGGAGGUGCAGGAGGAGGAGGAGGAGGAAGAGGAGGAGGAGGAGGAGGAAAAGAAGGUGGGCGCAGGGUACAGGGCCAAACGGGAGCGGCGACACAGCAUCAGCAGCGCCACCAUGUGUCAGGUGUGCAACAUACAGCUCAACUCCAGUGCCCAGGCCCAGAUCCACUACAGAGGGAAGACGCACCAGAGGAGGCUGCGGCGACUUGCAAAGGCCGUCAGCACAGGUGCACUGUCCCAGAGUCAGGUCCACCCUCUCCUGGGAUCCCUGCCUCUGCCGGGUCGACCCCUCCAGGCGCAGAGUCACGCCCAGCUGGAGCACUUUCUGCCACUGAGGGUCAACGGCUCCUCGCCGCUUAGCCUCUUCCCAAACUUCAACACGAUGGACCCAGUGCAGAAGGCAGUGAUCAACCAUACCUUUGGCGUGACCCCCCCCAAGAAGAAACCCAUCAUCUCCUGUAACAUCUGUCACCUGCGCUUCAACUCCACUACCCAGGCAGAGGCCCACUACAAAGGUCACAAACAUGCUCGCAAGCUAAAGGCCUUGGAGACCCAGAGGAACCGGCACAAGAACGGACACGGCCCAUCCACAGCGGGAAAAGACCGAGAGAGGGGCAUGAUGGGAGGAGCAACGGUGCCAAGAGACCUUUCUCAUAUGAAAGACAAAAAAGGCCCAACCUUGUCUUCUCCACCUGCACAGCAGCAAACUGAAAUCACCCAGGGGAGUUCACUGGCAGCCCCCCCUUCCUCUCAACCUACAGCCGUGGACUCCUUGCUCCGCUCCCCUCAGGUCUCCCCUCAGGUCUCCCCUGGCUCUCAGCUUUCUGAUCUACCCUCAGAGAGUCCACCUGUGGACGGGAUCAGCCUGGCCACCAGUUCAGCCCCACGCUCUGAUCCUCAGGGAGGCUCCACGGGAGGUGCGGAGGAGGAGGAGGUGGUGAAGGUGGAUGAGGCUAAGGAGGCCAAGAGCAACAAAAACAAACCUCUCCUGUGUCCUACGUGCAAAGUGACAGUCAAUUCCAGCUCCCAGUUGGAUGCUCACUGUAGUGGCUCCAAGCAUAAACAGAUGCUGGACGGUCAGAACAGCAGCCAGUCACAACGCAGGGUCAAGAUGACAUCAUCGCCCAGACCCGCCAGCAGCAGAAUUAAGCAGCGGAUGGGCAGCAAGACCAGAGCGGUCGUUUGCGUGUCCAGCCAGCCCUUUCACUGUGAACUGUGCCAGGUGUCCGUCAACUCCGAGACACAGCUGAAGCAGCACAUGAACAGCAGGAGACACAAAGAGCGUUUGGCUGGGAAGCCUGUCAAGACAAAGUUCAGCCCCUAUAAUAAACUACAGGCCAGUGCAAUCUUAGCGACUAAACUGGCCCUGCAGAAGCAUCUCUGUAAGGCCCUGCCAGCAGGUUUCCUGACCAGCCCCCUCAAUCCAGCUGCCUUUUGCACCAUGGGGCACGGACCCUUGGCACUACGACUGCAGCCGGGCCCCACAGCCAUCCUUCAGGGUCCCCUGAUCAGCCCCACGCUCUUCAGGCCUGCCCCAGGACCUUUGAGGGCCACACAUGCACCCAUAAUCUUCUCUCCUUACUAGUAUUGAGCCAAAGGCCAGAGGACCCAACCGUGCCAAAGCUGGACCAGGCAGGGACCCCCGAGUGACAACAAGACACUAUGCAGCGACAGCGAGGGCAACAUGUCAGCAUGUUAAGUUUGGCUGGUUCAUGGGAACAGUAUGCCACAAUCCCCUGGUGUGGGUAUCAGCGCUGACUGACCAGUGUCUUGUCUUCUUAAAAAUGGACGGACCAUCACUCAGCUGUUUCCUCUCGACAAGCUGUUGAGUGCAUGCUCCCCCAGGGUUAGGGGAACAUGGAAGCCAUAAUGACAAGCAUCCUUUUAUUUAUAAGAAUAUAAUAGACAGAUACACUAGGCUGUGUAAAUGUUACUAAAUGUUUGUUGCCAAAUUUCUUUAAUUCUGAGAUCUUUCUAGUCAAACGUACAAUCAUGUACAAUAUUUCAUCUUUGCUUUCAUGAACAUAUCUAAAUGAUGUAAAUCUCCCAUGGAACUGGCUACUUCCAUAGAACACCCUCCAACGAUAGACGUAUAUGAUAUUUAUUUUAGAUAAAUAUAUACAUUCUUCUUUUCUCACUUGCUCUCUGUGUUAUGAGAUGACAAUCAACCACCACCAUGAUAAUGAUGCCAAGAAUGCUUGCUUUAUGGAAACCCACUACAUGUAAUGCAUACAAUGAGAUGCUUUAAUGUUUAAAGUUAUUUAAAGUUUGAAACUUGAUUUUGUUUGACAUGAGCCAUUAUAAAUAGCUCUUCAGGGGAUGGUUAUAUGAAUACGAUUUUGCAACAGCUUGAGGUUGUUUGUGCAAUAUGGAGAGAUGAACUGUUAUCCAGAGUGUAAUAAAAAAGAAUUAACCACAUUUUAAAUGUGUCUGACAAUAUUUAUCAUGUUUGGUUUUUUUUGUAUAAAGUUGUAUUUAAAAACUGUUAUUUAAUUUUUCUCUCUCCCACCUGGUUGUGCUGAAUCAUCAUAAGCAAUAUGUAUUUUUGAUGUGUCCCCUGACUAGUGUAAAAUCCAUGACCAGUGUAACUGCAUUAAUUGCAAUAAUGUAAAUUAUUAUGUGUUAAAAUGUCAGUACUGUAUUCGAUAAAAACGUAUAAAUGGUACUUUUUUUA